GACUGGUGCAAGCUGCAGUUAGACCCUAUUGACAAUUUAAGCAGAACAGGAAGAAGAAUUUGUAUCAGCAGUUGGUUUAAUAGUUUAAGACAUCUGGAACUUUUUCUGGAUUACGAAUAUAGAUCAAUUUCGCUAAAAUGCAGAGGGAGGACAAACCCAGCCUGCUGUUCUCCUUCCACACUGAGCCCAAACAAGAGUCUCUGGAUUCUGAUUAUGAAGCUCAAUGGGCAUUGGGGGAUUCAGAGAUGGCAUCAGUAAAGCUGCAGGAAAAAAGUCAAAAACUGGGCCUGAAUGUUAUCAUCAAAGAUAAAGAGGAGGAGAAGAAUGUGGUUAUCAUUAAUUAUGGAGAGGGAGAUUUACUCAUUCAAGAUGGGAUUCCUGAAGUGGAGACACUUGGAGAGAAACAACAGGAAGACUAUAAUCAUAAGAAGUCUCACCACUGUCCCCACUGUGAAAAACAUUUCUCAUUUCUAUCACUGUUAAAAAAACACAUCAAGAUGCAUACCGGACAGAAGCCUUACUCCUGUUCUGACUGCGGGAAGUGUUUCUCUCGAUUAGAUCACCUUAAAAUUCACCAGCGCAUACAUACUGGUGAUAAGCCUUACUCCUGUUCUGACUGUGGGAAGUGUUUCUCUCAAUCAGGUAACCUUAAAAUUCACCAGCGCAUACAUACUGGUGAAAAGCCUUACUCCUGUUCUGACUGUGGGAAGUGUUUCUCUCAAUUAUGUGACUUUAAAGUUCACCAGCGCAUACAUACUGGUGAUAAGCCUUACUCCUGUUCUGACUGUGGGAAGUGUUUCUCUCAAUUAGGUAACCUUAAAGUUCACCAGCGCAUACAUACUGGUGAAAAGCCUUACUCCUGUUCUUACUGUGGGAAGUGUUUCUCUCGAUUAGAUGACCUUAAAGUUCACCAGCGCAUACAUACUGGUGAAAAGCCUUACUCCUGUUCUGACUGUGGGAGGUGUUUCUCUCAAAUAGGUGACCUUAAAGUUCACCAGCGCAUACAUACUGGUGAUAAGCCUUACUCCUGUUCUGACUGUGGGAAGUGUUUUUCUCAAUUAGGUAACCUUAAAAUUCACCAGCGCAUACAUACUGGUGAUAAGCCUUACUCCUGUUCUUACUGUGGGAAGUGUUUUUCUCAUUUAGGUCGCCUUAAAGUUCAUCAGCGCAUACAUACUGGUGAUAAGCCUUACUCCUGUUCUGACUGUGGGAAGUGUUUCUCUCAAUUAGGUCACCUUAAAAUUCACCAGCGCAUACAUACUGGAGAGAAGCCUUACUCAUGCUCUGACUGCGGGAAGUGUUUUAUCUUAUCAUCUGUACUUCAUAGACAUCAGAGAGUACAUACUGGUGAUAAGCCUUACUCUUGUUCUGACUGUGGGAAGUGUUUCUCUCAAUUAGGUAGCCUUAAAAUUCACCAGCGCAUACAUACUGGUGAUAAGCCUUGCUCCUGUUCUGACUGUGGGAGGUGUUUCUCUCGAUUAGAUGACCUUAAAAUUCACCAGCGCAUACAUACUGGUGAUAAGCCUUGCUCCUGUUUUUACUGUGGGAAGUGUUUCUCUCAAUUAGGUCACCUUGAAUUUCACCAGCGCAUACAUACUGGUGAUAAGCCUUACUCCUGUUCUGACUGUGGGAAUUGUUUUUCUCAAUUAGGUAACCUUAAAAUACACCAGCGCAUACAUACUGGUGAUAAGCCUUACUCCUGUUCUUACUGUGGGAAGUGUUUUUCUCAUUUAGGUCGCCUUAAAGUUCAUCAGCGCAUACAUACUGGAGAGAAGCCUUACUCGUGUUCUGACUGCGGGAAAGGUUUUAUCUUAUCAUCUGUACUUCGUAGACAUCAGAGAGUACAUACUGGUGAUAAGCCUUACUCUUGUUCUGACUGUGGGAAGUGUUUUUCUCAUUUAGGUCGCCUUAAAGUUCAUCAGCGCAUACAUACUGGAGAGAAGCCUUACUCUUGUUCUGACUGUGGGAAGUGUUUUUCUCGAUUAGGUAACCUUAAAAUUCACCAGUGCAUACAUACUGGUGAUAAGCCUUACUCCUGUUCUGACUGUGGGAAGUGUUUUAUCUCAUCAUCUAAACUUACUAGACAUCAGAAAGUGCAUACUGGUGAGAAGCCUUACAUGUCCACAGAAGCUUCCUCACUUCCUCAAACAGAAGCUUCCUCACUUCCAUCAUAUCCUGGUAGAGACUUACAGAAUGAGUUGGUGACAUGAAAGGGGAAACAGUAGGAGGGGUUGGGUUGUUCGGAUCACUUUAUACUGGAUGUGUCUUUCUAAAUUUUAAAUCCUUCUAUAUUUGCAUAGAUUCUGUAUGUCGGUAUUAAAGAUCUGCUUCAUGAUUUGGACAAAUUUUGAGUACUUUUUCUUUUUUGUUGAGGAAAAUAGUCCUUGAGAAGCCAAGGCAGUAUUGCCUGCAAGCCUGAGUUAAAAAAAUAACUUCUGUGUUCUGUGUUUUUAUUGUGUGUUUGUGUGUUCUGAUACGACCUUUUGAUACAUAGGGCACGAAAUUGGCUUUAAUCACUUUGAUAUUCAUUUAAUGUACAAACUGCCUAAAUAUAGUUUGAUAUUGUGUUACCAGAAUAGACAGCACAAUUAUCUAAGAUCUAGUAGGGCUAGAAGAUUAUGUGGCACAGUUUACCCCAUUAGUUGUCUAGAUGGUAUUUCAUUAAGAUUGAUCAAUAAUCUGAUAUUGUUAGCUGUGUUACAGGUUUGAUAGAAAAAAAGUUUAGUUUUAUUCUGUUUGACUGCAUUGUAUUUUUCUUGUUUUAUGUAGAAGAUUACUUGAGAUUAUUGAUGAAUGUAUGUUUUGUUACAAGUUUACACUGU